AUGUCAGGCACGGGUGGCUUCGUCGUUGGCUUGGCCUUCUGGCCGGGAGGUAAGGAGGCCGACUGGGGAGAUCCCACCACAGGCAUACAGCCUUGCAACGAGACGCAGCGCGCCAACCUGACAUCGCUUGGCGUGCACUUUGCGGCGUACAAUACCCGCAUCGACAAGCUGAGCGUCCUCAAGACGACGUUCCCAGAGCAGCUCGCGCUAACAGCGGCGUCGGCGGAGGGUGCGCCGCUCGUCAUCUCGGUGGUGGCGUUCAGGUCAAAUGUGCGCUCCGAGGCGAGGUAUGUGGUGAGCGGCGCGCCGGCCAUCACUGGUGGCACGGGGUUCGUUUCCACGCUCUCCCUCAUGUCCAAGUUUGGGGAGCCCCUGCCGGUCUGCAACUACACGCAGUUCACCUAUUGUGCCGCUAGCGUCAACUUUGCGUAUGAUGGGCUGGACUCCGGCGGCGCUGCAUUUACGACGGCGUCUCAGGUACGGAAGCUCAACAGCUACAGCCUGGUUUCUCUCUUUGCCAAGGGCAAGACGCUCUUCUUUGACUUCAAGGAGAAGUAUGACAGCACGAUGACCAACUACUGGGGCCGGUUUGGGGAGCUGCAGCAGGACGUGCAGGCGGCAUACUCAGGGCAGGCCGAGGCGGGACGCGCCAUCGGCGGCACCCUGUAA